UCCCAUGUGGAGCGGGGGCAAGUAGAGCCGCGGCUAGGGGCGGAGUGGGGCGGUGGGGCCGGGCCGGGUCGGGCAAGGGCACGGCACUGCUCUCACCUACCCGGGGCGGCGGGGUCGGUCCUUGCUGCACCGGGAGGGAGCUGGGCGGGGGCGAGGAGGAGGGGCUGGCGUGGGGCUCCCCGCGGAGGGCGCUACGCUUGCGGUCCGUUCCACAGGGCCACCCGCGGAGCAUGGCCUGCAGAGGGGCCGGCAGAGGGGCCGGCAGAGGGGCCGGCAGCGGCCCGCAGCCGCCCGCCGUGGCGCAGCCGCCCGCCGGCGGUCACCUGUACCCCUUCGUGAGCGCGGAGAGCGAGGGGCCCGAGGAGGAGGGCGAGGUGUCGGAGCUGCGGCCGCGGGGCAGAGAGAAGGUCCGGCGGAGCGCGUCGAGGGACAGGCUGGAUGAUAUCGUCCUGGUGACGAAGGACAUCCGGGAGGGAGACACGCUGAACGCCAUCGCGCUGCAGUUCUGCUGCUCGGUUGCAGAUAUCAAGAGAGUUAACAAUCUUAUCAACGAUCAAGAUUUUUUUGCCCUGAGGUCUAUCAAAAUUCCAGUGAAAAAGUUCAGUGUAUUGACUGAAACACACAUCUCUCCAAAAGGAAGACCAGCUCUUCGGCCUGCUCUGUGUUCCCCAGAAGUACAGGAAACUUCUCUUUGUGAUAAAUUCUCUGCUAAUGAGACUGCUGGCAACUUCUUAAAAGAAGUCGAUCGAGAUAUAGAAGAAAUAGUGAAGUGCAAUGAUACGAAGAGAGAGAAUCUGAAUGAAGUUGUUUCUGCUUUAGCAGCCCAACAGAUGUGUUUUGAAACUGAUGGUAAAACUGAAAAAUGCAAGGAUCCUUACUAUGGAGCAGACUGGGGUAUAGGAUGGUGGACAGCAGUAGUGAUUAUGUUGAUUAUUGGCAUAAUAACUCCAGUUUUUUAUCUCCUGUAUUAUGAAGUUCUAGUGAAAGCAGAUGUCAGUCACCAUUCUGCAGUGGACCCUCCCCAUUUCUUUGUCACAGCAGUAUCGCGUCAGAAAGAAAUAGAAAAUUGAAUAAAUCCAGCAAAUAUUAUAAAAGUUGAUAAUCAAGGAGACCUUCAGCAUUAACAAUGGAAGAUCCUAGACAACUGUUAUUUGUAGAUACAUAACAUAACCUUAGGUAAAGGGGAAUCCACAGAAUGCAAAAGGCACUUGGAACACAGAGAAAAAGUGUAGUGAUGUGUGACUUGCCUUUAUGGGCAGUGUUCCACUACAAGGAUAUUUCUGGGGAUCACAUAAUCUCUGAAUAUGCCUGAGACAGGCUAUUUGCAAGACUGGGGUGUAAAUUAAGGUAUAAAGUCAUCUCUGAAGCUUUGCACUUUUUUCUGUUUUGAUAGGCAUGUUUCUUAAUUGAUGAUGAGGUGAAAAAAUGUAGUUUGAACUAAUACACAAGGAAUGUCACUGUGAGUGUCUUUUACAGCCCACAAAUGGGCAAAUGGGGAUAUCUAACUUUUAAGCAUCUGAAAGUAUUUAUAGAAUUCAUAGUACACUUGACAUUUUAAUAUCAGGUUUACAGUUGUAAGUUAAAGUGGUGUUCUCAUAAUUUUAUCUUUCCUAUAGAGUAAGAUUUUUUUAAAAACUCAAUCAUUCCAUAAUUAAUUGCCACUAUGAAGUUCUUUUUUACAAUUGACUAUUACAGAGGCAGUAGCAAAUACUUAAACUGUUGUCAGUAUAGGCAUAGGGUAAUUUAUUUACUCUGUGUGUGAUUCUGUGCCUCAACACAGUCCAUUUAGGAGUCUUUCUGAAACUUCACAUUCUUCCUUGGCAUCCUAGUGAAAACUGACUGGACUGCAUUCUCAUCUGGUCAGUCACCUGUGUGUAGAAUGAAGGAAGAACCGAAGUGUGGCACCUUGCUUUAAUGUCCCCAGUACUCCUUAUUUUAUGCUAAUAGAUUUAUUUUUCCCCCCUCUGGUUAAUCUCAGUUCAGGACCAACUGACUCUUCAGACAGCAGUCAUGUGGGUACUGAGCAUGCUAAUGGUCUUGUGCCCAUGAACCUCAAGCACUUAACUUUUUCCUGAAAUGUCCUAGAAAACUUUAAAUGGUAUUUAAUGCCUGCUAGCAAAUUCUAGCAGAAUAGACAACUUGCAGCUUCAGACUUGUUCUUUACAUACUACUGUAUUCAUUAGCCACUGUGCUCCUGAAUGUUUCUCUUGGAGUUUCAUGAUCAACCUUGGUUUUCCCCUCUUCCCCAUUUGAAAAUGCUACAAGAUAAAAAACCAAAAAACAUAAAUAAAAACUGCACAUCUCCAGACUCUUCAUACACAAAGGAGCUACUUGUGUACUCAGAAUACUUUUAAAUAAAAACUGAGAUGGUGCCUGUAAAUUUUUUUUUUUUUUUUGUUAUAUUUGCCUUGUGGAGCAAGAAUUCCAUUGCCCUGUUCAAAACAGUGUUUACUACCAAACCCAAGAUAACAAACCUGAUUAGGACUUAACAAAGAGAGAAGUGGAAAAACAGUCGGUAUCCUUUAAACUACUAUUGUAACCUUCCCAAUGAGUGACUUGACUAAGUAUAUACGGUAUAAAAAAUCAGGUAAAGUGAAUGUUUUCUAACUGUUGAGGUAUUCCACAGUGCUUUAUCAGAUUCUGAGAGUAAAGACUUAGGCCUCAUCUAUUCUGGGGGCACCUGUUGCCCCAAGAAGUGGGGCAGAUAGUCUUCACUGGCAUGCCAAGUGUAUGAACAAGAAUUGGCCAACUUGAAUUAUAUUGGAAUUGAGGCAGGCCAAAGCUUGAAGGAAAAUGGUGUACAGUUAGGCAUGUGAACUAUAAUCUGUGGCUUUUGAACCCUUUGAUUAAAGGAGCAUCUGUGGAGAUAGUGAGCCUACUCAUAGUCUCCACACUAGAAAGGGACUACAAACAGGCAUGAACUUGAUGGUAUGCAUAACACUUGUUUUCAAAGAUCUGUUUAAAUAGUAGUUCUUUUCAUUAAGAGAAUAUGCCAGUAAGACAAGCAUAAACACUGAGGUAGCAGUUCUGUGCUAUAUGAAAAAAUGCUUUGCAAAAUAAUUUAUGGUGGCUAUUGUGAUACAGCUUCUGUGGUUAAAACUUUUAAAAGGUGACUCGCUCAGACAAGAAAGCUUUGGCACAUGAAAGCAACUGUUUUCUGUAUAGGACGGAAGUUGGUAUAUAAUGUGUCAGUUUUUGGCUGCAGGCCUUUUUAUUUGUUUGCUUCUUCCCCCAUCAGACUGUUGCUGAAACUUACCAGUUCUAAUACUUCAUAGUGUCAUUUCUUACGGAUUUGUCAAAGAACAUUAAAUUAGCUAUUGUGAUGA